AUGUCGUCCACCAGCAACGCCUCCAUUGACAAGUUCAACGGAGACAAUUACGCAACGUGGAGCCGGUACAUGCGCGGUGUGUUUUUGACGAAGUCCGUCUGGCACGUCGUCAACCGUGAAGUGACUCCGACUUUCACCGACCCGCGAGCGUCCGAUGACUACGUCAAGGCAAGCAACGUCGCGUUUGGUAUGAUGCUGCUGCACAUGAACGCGGACUACCAUCAUGUGCUGGACAACUGCGAGGAAGCCUGGGUUGCGUGGACAAGUCUGAAGACGCUGUACGGUGGGUCGCAGAAGGCAGGACGCAUCUACCUCAAGCGACAACUUUUCAGUAUCAAGAUGGCUGAAGGCGCGAACGUCAUGCAUCACUGCAACGAGGUCCUCAACAUCUCCGCCAAGCUUAGCGGCAUCGGUGCGAAGAUGGAAGACGAAGACGUUGCAAUUUGUCUGCUACUCAGUCUUCCGAAGAGCUACGAAAAUGUGGUGCUCAACAUGGAAAUGAGCAGCACCGAGCUUCGCACUCAAGAUGUGGUGAGAGUCCUGACGAAUGAGCAUGCCAAGCGUCAAGGAGAAAAAGGGACAACGACAGCGACUACGGUGAAGGCUGAAGAUGCAAGCAAGGCAUUCAGCGCCGAGCGUGAGCCCUACCAAUGCACGUAUUGUGGCAAGGUGGGACACACGGUGGAUCGUUGCUGGACAAAGCAGAAGAACGAAGGUCGGGGAGCCCGACGCGGCGGCAAUGGUCGUGGACGCGGGGCUAACAAUGUCCAGUGGGGACAUCAUGAUGAAGGUAAUGGCUACGAUCGAGUGGCGUUUGCAGUCUCGUUCGAAUGUGGAGUUUCGACGAGCAUGGACGUGUCUGGAAUGUGGGCCGUCGACAGUGGUGCAACGCACCACAUUUGCCACGACAAGACCAAGUUCGCAAGUUUGGCAGAGCGCAAUGAGGGCGAACUCUUGGUGGCCGAUGGCAACAAGGUGGCCAUCAAGGGUGUGGGAACCAUAAUGGAAAAGGUGGUUCUGCCCAACGGUGAAGAGCGUGAGAUCGAAAUCAAGAACGCGCUAUAUGUUCCAAGUAUGAGCAAGAACCUGCUCUCGGUACCACAGAUUAACAGCCAUGGCAAGUUUCAAGUCGUGUUUGACGGGUCCAAGAUGUAUGUGACUCUCAAGAACUCACAGCAAGUGGUGGCGACAGCGGAUCUCGUGGAUGGACUCUACUGGCUUCGGACGACUCAACGAUCAGCGAAUGUGACAACAAGUGGAACCAGUUGUGCCGAUCUACAUGCGAGAAUGGGUCAUGCUCCAGUCGAUGUACUUCGCAAGAUGAUCGCGACCAACAUGAUCAAGGAUGUGCGAGUCCCUCUCAAGUCGGGUGGAGCAACUACAUGUCGAGGAUGUCAACAAGGGAAAAUGGUCCAAAAACCAUUUCCAAGCAACCGAGACAAGCGCAGCUACGAUACGUUUGAGCUACUUCAUCUGGACAUCUGCGGGCCCAUGGAAAAGGAUUCGCUCGGUGGCAGCAAAUAUUUGCUGCUGAUCAUCGACGAAGCCAGUGGAUGCAUGAAGGGCUUUUGUCUACGAGUGAAGUCCGAGAGUGAAGACUACAUCCGGAAAUAUAUCACCAUGGUACAGACGCAAUUCUGUAAGAAGGUCAAGUUCGUGCGACACGACGGAGCUCGCGAGUUUGCAACCAACUCGCUUCAACUGUUCUACGAAGACGAAGACAUUGAACAGCAGACAACGGUGCCGUAUGCACAUCAAACAAACGGAACAGCAGAGCGUGCCAUUAGGACUAUUGUCACGAUCGGCCGCAGCAUGCUUCAUCAUGCCAAACUGGACAAGUGUUUCUGGGCCGAAGCAGCGAUGACGGCCAUCUACGUCAAGAAUCGACUGCCGUCACCUAAAGUCGUGCACAAGACCCCGUUUGAGAUCGUCUACAACUUGAAACCAAGCGUCAAGCACAUGCGAACAUUCGGGUGUCAGACAUACAUACUGACGCCUAAAGAGAAUCGACUCAAGUGGGAUCCAAAUGAUGAACUUUAG